AACGCUCUGCAGUUCCACCAACAGCUGCUAUUUCACUGCCAGUAAAUGACAGAGUAGUAGACAAAAUGAUCGAACGAAGCACCGUGUUAGAAGAACGUGACCAACUCACCAUUUAUCGCCUUCCUUUAACAAAGUCUGCCUCUUCUUCUUCCAGUUUUAUAAAAUACCGGCUGGGGCACGAAGACUCCCGAUUCUCUCACAAAGUGAUCAUGGUGAUGGGAGCAACAGGAUCAGGGAAGACAACCCUGAUCAAUGGGAUGAUCAAUUACAUCCUGGGAGUAGAGUGGAAGGACCGUUUCAGGUUCAAGCUUAUCCAUGAAGAGACCAACAGAAGCCAAGCUCAGAGCCAGACUUCCGAGGUAACCGCCUAUGAGAUCAAUCACUUAAAUGGCUUUCAGAUUCCCUAUAACUUAACUAUAAUUGACACCCCAGGAUUUGGUGACACCAGAGGAAUAGAGAAUGACAGACUGAUAACAGAGAAGAUCCGGGAGUUUUUUUCCACUCCAGGCGGCAUCGACCAUAUUGACGGUGUCUGUUUCGUGGUUCAGGCCUCUUUAGCUCGCUUGACACAAGCUCAGAAAUAUGUCUUUGACUCGGUGCUUUCCAUCUUUGGGAAGGACAUAAAAGCUAACAUCCAAAUCCUAGUCACUUUUGCAGACGGACAGUUUCCCCCUGUUCUUGAAGCCAUUUUAGAGUCUGAGGUGCCCUGUGCUAUGGAUGGAGACGGCAACCCUGUUCACUUCAAAUUCAACAAUUCUGCUUUGUUCGCCAGCAAUUCUACAGCGAAUGAGACAAGUUUUGACUUUGAUGCAAUGUUCUGGAAAAUGGGAGCUGUGAGCAUGGAGAGGUUUUUUGCGUCUUUGCACAAUUUAGAGCCUAGAAGCCUACGGAUGACCAAAGAGGUGCUCCAGGAACGGAAGAGGCUGGAAACGGCCGUGCAGGGGCUGCAGCCGCAAAUCAAAGCCUGUCUGGGGGCUCUGGAAGCACUAAGAAAGACACAGCAAGCUUUGGAGCAGCGCAGAGACAAGAUGGAUGCCAACAAGAACUUUGUGGUUGAGGUUGACAAACCAGUGACCGUGAAAAUAGAGGUCACUGAUGGAUUCUUAACUAAUUGCCAGACAUGCUACUUCACAUGUCACUAUCCCUGUGCCUAUGCCAGUGAUCAAGACAAGCGCAAAUGUUCUUCAAUGGAUACAAGUGGAAAAUGCACCGUUUGCCCCGGGAAAUGUGUGUGGAACGUACAUUACAACCAAAAGUACAAGUGGGAGUACAAAACUGUAAAGGAGGAGCAAACAUAUGCCCAGAUCAAGGAGAAAUAUGAAAAAGCCUGUGGGGAAGUGAUGACAACAGAGAAAAUCUUUGAGCAGCUUAUCGAGGAAUAUGAGGAUGUGGAAAAUGUAGUGCUCGAACUGAUUGAGGAAUCGUCUCACAGUAUUGAGCGCUUGCAGGAAAUUGCCUUAAAGCCCAACCCGAUGGCAACUCCAGAACACAUUGAUUUACUGAUUGAAAGUGAAAAACAAGAAGCUACGCCUGGAUUCCAAGAUCGCAUCAAGGCACUCGAGGGGGUGAAAGAAAUGGCUGUGAUUGUGAACAAGAUUGCCAGAGGCGAACGACUGCUUCCAUCCGAGCAGAAAGCAGCCCACAAGUGUAAAGCCAAACCAUCUAACAGCAAAAAACUGUUCAAUUAUUUUACAAGUUGGCUUCCCUCUAUGAAAAGUGACUCACGUUAA